AUGGGUUCCCUGUACCAGGACCCGAUGGCCGCUGUGCCAAUGAUUGUGAUGGACGAUACAAUUGGCCUGAGGGUGGUGCCGGACGAAAUGCGCCUGACCGAUCCGGUGUUCCUGCGACACGUGCUCUGUGGUUCCAUAGUGUUGCACAAUCUCUUCCAUGUGGUUCUGUGCUACCGCCAGCUGCGCACGUGCAACCUCCACCACGAGCCGCCGCGCCAGAUGAGAGCCGUGAUGUCGCCAGCGUCCUUUCUGGAGGCCAAGAACACGGAAAUGCACGCCGUGGAUCUUCAGCUAAUGGGCUACGUGUUCGAUGCGAUCUUCAGCUGCAUUGAGCUCUACUUCGGGGUCUUCCACACCCUGUGGGACCGGACCAUGGCCCUGUACGGGAAUGUGGGCGAGCUGGUGUGGCGCAAUCUGGCCUACAUGGCUCUCUUUUCCACCUACAUGGUGCUGCGCUUGCUGCCGCUGGUCUUCUACGAAAAGCUGAUGCUGGACAACCGCUACAAUGUGGACCCGGAGACGGCCCCCCCCUUGGUGGGGGUCGUGUGCGCCCUGGCCUUCGUCAUAGUGUUCGUGCAGGUGCUGCUGAUCCCGCUCACCGCCAUCUUCCUGUACAUUGAGAUCCAUGGCGGCUAUUACUUUGUCCUGUGGAUCUGGGGCUUCCUCUUUGCAGUGUCGGUGCUGGCGCUAGUCUUCUUCAGCCUGUUCGGACUACCCUGCCUGGGCAAGAGCUCCAAGCUGCCCGAGGGCUCUCUGAGAAGUGCACUCCUCGAAGUCCUGGAGGACUACAAGUUCCCGGCGGACCGCGUUUCCCUCAUGCACACCUUUCACAUCGCCAAAGCGACAGCCUAUGUGUGGGGCUACUGCUGCUGCAAGCGCCUCGUGAUCCUCGACAAUCUCAUACUCAAUCGGGCCAUGCCACUGGCCGAGCUGCUGCCCGAGGAGGUCGACUUGGGGCUGAGCGAUAGCCAGGUGGCCGCCUUUGUGGCCCACCAGCUCUCCCACUGGCGCCACUACCACAUGGUCAAGGGCUUCAUCCUGGUCCACGUCAGCCUGAUCAUCUACAUGGUGCUCUUCGGGACCUGCUACCACGUCCACGCCCUGUACGAGGCCGCCGGCUUUCCGCACAACUCCUACCCGAUUAUCGUCGGCUACUGGCUGGUCUACAAGUACGUGAUGCCCCCCUACCUGACCGUCUCGAAUUGGAUCGUCUUCUACUUCAUACGCCACUCCGAGUACCGGGCGGACAACGAGGCCUGGCGGAUGGGUUACGGCCACUCGCUGCGGGAGGCACUCCUCAAGCUGUUCGCCGACCACUCCGUCUUCCCCUUCGACGACCACUGGUACCUGAUGUGGUACCGCACUCGGCCCUCCUGUCUGCAGCGUAUACGCAAUCUGCAGCGACUCGAUCUGGGCACUCGGCUCAGCAUGAUUGAGCUGAUCUGA